CUGCAGAAUUUCGACAUUAAUUGCCAUACAUAACGAUUUUAACAGAUCGAUCGUUCAGGAAUCGGUUGGAAGCCUUGACGACUCUGACUAUCCAUUUCCCCUUCUUGUAUCACAGGCAUUUUAAUGCGUGUUUGGUUUUUAGUUGUUGGUUUUUAGGAAGUGAGUAAAUGUGAUUUAAGUACGGCAGUUUUCAUCUUGUUGAAGAUACGUGGGUGUGAAAAGAAAGGGAGAGUGAUAAAUUCAAAGUUAGCUCUGCAAGGGAUUCCGUGGCAUCAACUAAUACAUAUGUAGCGAAGCGAAUGGCAACCUAAACAAUAGGAGUUUAAAAUCUAGGAGAAAUACAGAACACGUGAAUCAAAAAUGGAUACGCUAAGUAUGGAUCCGGCGUUCAGACACUUAGUGAAGCUGAAGGAUAUGGCCAGCAAAGAAAAUGUGUCGUCUACAAUACAGGCUGAAAUAGACAAAAUAAUCGAUUUAUUCCAGAUACGUGCUAGGUACUGUGAUCAGAUGACAUCAGCAGCUAGCAAUGAUCUUCAGCUUGUGAUGGACAGUACAUACAGUCACCCUUGGCAGAUGGCUUACGACGAAGGAAAGCUGAGUUACAGACCCACUACAAUAAUGCUCUCCGGAAAUUUAGAAGUUCAAUUUCUUAAAUCCCUGGUAAGCAUGGGGGAUAUUAAGCGUGUUCUGGAGUUGGGAUUAUUUACUGGAUGUUCUGCCUUAGCACUUGCGGAAGCACUUCCGGAUGACGGUAGGGUCGUGUCUUGUGAAAUUGACCCAUAUAUUGCAGAACUUGCAAGGUCACUUUUGGACAAAUCACCUGUUGGCAACAAAGUUGAUAUUAUGUUGGGUCCAGCCAAAGAUGCUUUGGAAAAACUCUCCGACCAAAAGAUGGAGUUUGAUUUGAUUUUUCUUGAUGCCGAUAAAUCGAAUUAUAGCACAUACUACAAGGACUCCUGUACUCCGAGACCUAAGGAGAAGAGCAAAAUGCCGAAAAUUAAGCUAUUUCCAAAACUCUUCUUCUCUACAACUAUGAUUUUUCAACACAAGCUUCUGGCUCCAAACGGAACUAUUAUAGUGGACAACGCUCUUUACUUCGGGGAUCCUUACUCGAACGAGGGAUACAAGGGUGAAAGUGGUCAAAAUAUUAAGCACUUUAACGAAAUGGUCAAACAAGACACCCUUGUCCACCAGGUGUUGCUUCCCAUACGUGACGGUGUUAUGUUAGUCAGAAGGAAAGAGGACAUGGUCGGGAGGAAAUGAAAUGAAGUUACCUACGAUACAUGUAUCAGUUGGAGAAUUGAAGGCCUAUAUUCUCAGAAAGGAUUGUACCAAUUGAUCGGAAUAACAAAAUUGACACGUGUUUGAUUAUCUUUAGAGCUUUCUACAUACAUGUAUAUCCUGCUAGAUAAUUUUUUGAAUGUUUAUGCAUUUCAUUUGUAAUUUAUAGUUUACCUGAGUGAUGUAAUUUACCAAGGGACAAUUGCAAUGUACCAUUCAGUGAUGUCAUGACAAAGACAUGUGAUGAAUUAAACUAGUAUUUUCAUCUAA